AUGCCAAGCGCUGCGACCAAAAAGGCGCUUGCGGACAAGAAGAAGGCGGCUGGCGGAAAAAUGAGCAAGAGCGCGGGCGCCGCCGCUGCCGACGAAGCCUUUUCCUCCCGCACAGUCACCGGGGUGCUCGUGUCGCGACCUACUGCUCGCGACAUCAAAAUCGACGGCUUCUCCAUGGGACUGAACGGCUGUGAACUCAUUCAGGACUGUUCCAUUGAGCUCACCAUCGGCAGGCGUUACGGACUCAUCGGGCAGAACGGCAGUGGCAAGUCCAACUUCCUCAAGUGCAUCGCCAAGCGCGAGGUUCCCAUCCCCGACCACCUCGACAUUUACCACCUGGAUCAGGAAGCCGAGCCCUCAGAGCGCACCGCCCUGCAGGCCGUCAUUGACCACAUUCAGGCUGAGCUUGAGCGGCUCCAAGCGCUGGAGGAGGAGAUUAUGAGCACCUCGGGGCCGGAGGACGAGCGACUGGAGGCGAUAUACGACAGGAUUGACGAGCUGGAUCCAACCACGUUUGAGACCCGGGCUGCUGAGCUGCUUCACGGUCUGGGCUUCUCCCCCGCCUUCCAACAGCGCAAGACACGAGACCUCUCAGGUGGUUGGCGUAUGCGGGUGGCUCUGGCUCGGGCCCUGUUCGCCGCGCCCACCUUGCUGCUGCUGGACGAGCCCACCAACCACUUGGAUCUCGAGGCGUGUGUGUGGCUGGAGGAGUACCUGAAGAACUACAACAAGUGCCUGGUGGUCAUCAGCCACUCGCAGGAUUUUCUCAACGGCGUGUGCACCCACAUCAUUUGGCUGACUCAGCAGAAGCUCACGUACUACACGGGUAACUACGACACGUUCGUUAAGACGGUUGCCGAGAACGAGGUUGUUCAGAUGAAGAAGUACCAAAAGGAGCAGGAGGACAUCAAACAUAUUAAGGAGUUCAUUGCCAGCUGCGGUACCUACGCCAACCUUGUGAAGCAGGCUAAGAGCAAGCAGAAGAUUCUGGAUAAGAUGGAGGAGGCGGGGCUCACCAAGCCCGUGCAGAGGGAGAGGACAUUCCAGUUUUCCUUCCCCGAAUGCGCCAAGUUGCCGCCCCCCGUGCUGCCCUUCAUCGGGGUGUCGUUCGCCUAUUCGGGGAAACCCGAGGAAUACCUGUACAAGGAUCUGGAGUUUGGCAUCGACUGCGACUCCCGCGUGGCGCUGGUCGGGCCCAACGGCGCGGGCAAGUCCACCCUCUUGAAGCUGAUGACUGGCGACCUGGUUCCCAGCAAGGGCACCGUCACCCGCCACCCGCACCUCUCCAUCGGCCGUUACCACCAGCACUCGGUGGACCAGCUGGACGAGGAGAAGACGGUCCUGGAGUUUUUCAAAUCCACCUACCCCAACGGACCCACGUUCAAACGUGAGGAGGACGAGUGGCGCGCGUACCUGGGUCGGUUCGGUGUCAGCGGCCGACUGCAGACCACCAAGAUUGGGAUGCUGAGCGAGGGGCAAAAGAGCAGGCUGGUGUUUGCCAUGAUGUGCAUGAAGAACAACAACCUGCUGCUGCUUGACGAGCCCACCAACCAUUUGGACAUUGAGGCCAUCGACUCGUUGGCGGACGCCAUCAAAAGGUACGACGGCGGCAUGGUGCUGGUCAGUCACGACUUCCGGUUGAUCGACCAGGUGGCCAAGGAGAUUUGGGUAUGUGAGAACAAGAAGGUGACGGUUUGGAAGGGCGAUAUCCGGGACUAUAAGGCCCUCCUGGCCAAGAAGAUGGGUUUGUCGGGUGUGCCCGGGGGCAAGAAGUAA